CUCAGGAUGAACUCGAAAGUAUCUCGAAUAAGGGAUUGGAAUCUCCGUAUGCCAACCGUUAAAAAUCCAUCCGCUCCCCUCACGGGCCGAUCAUCGACCCGUAGAACCAGCAACUGAUCUUGUCGUCAGAGCGAACGCGGCCCGCGGAGAUCACCGGGCGCCAAUAGGCGACGUCACGCGACGUCCUCUUCAACGGGCCAGCGCGCGAGGAGUGUGACGUGUCAGGGUCCCAGAAUUCCGCGCGGGAAGCUUUAUACCAGCGGCGGUUUCGGCGGCCGAUGGUGCCGUGUCGACAAACCCAGAUUUUACUUUUUAUUGUUGGCAAUGUCCAUUAUCUUGUCUGCCUCAGUGGUCCGUGUGAGAGAUGGACUCCCCUUAUCCGCUUCUACUGAUUAUGAGCAAAACACAGCUGUACAGGAAUGCCGAAAGUACUUUAAAGGUCUUGCAAAGAGACUCACUGAGCUUCCAGACCGAUGCACCUUACAAGCAGGAAAGUAUAACAUAAACUUUAUUAGUUCCCUGGGAGUGAGUUAUAUGAUGCUCUGCACUGAAAAUUAUCCCAACGUCCUUGCCUUCUGCUUCCUGGAUGAGCUUCAAAAGGAGUUCAUUACCACAUACAACAUGAUGAAGACAAAUACAGCAGUCAGACCUUACUGUUUCAUUGAAUUUGAUAAUUUUAUUCAGAGGACCAAACAAAGAUACAACAAUCCACGAUCUCUGUCAACAAGGAUAAAUCUUGCUGACAUGCAAACAGAAAUUAGACUGAGACCACCUUACCAGAUUUCCCUGUCAGAACUCUGUUCAGCCAAUGGAUAUCCAUAUGGAUCUCUACAAGAAAACAAAGACACAAGAAAAAUGUCUCCAGCCCCUCACCAACGACUGGAACCUGUGACGCUAUCGGGAAUUGUUUCCUUUCUUCUUAGCCUUUUAUGUGCUGCUUUGAAUUUAAUUCGUGGUUUUCAUGCUAUAGAGAGUCUUCUACAGAAUGAAGAAGAUGACUUCAGUUUUGUUAUUGCCUUUUUCCUCGGCACAGCAGCUUGUUUAUAUCAGUGCUAUCUGUUUGCAUAUUGCACGAGUUGGCGGAACAUUAAAUCUUUCCUAACAUUUGGCUUAAUCUGCUUGUGUAAUAUGUACCUAUAUGAAUUGCGCAAUCUCUGGCAGAUCUUUUUUCAUGUGACUGUGGGUGCUUUUUUAACGUUGCAAAUCCGGCUAAGGCAGCCACAAGGAAAAGCUCCCGAUUACAAUGUGUGACGGAUGUCCUCUGAUAGUUUCACGGCAAACUUCAUCCAAACAGUAUUCUUCUCAGGACUGAAAAGCUUUGCUGUACGAAGAGAAGUUCCAUGUACUCUGAGACACUAAUAAGUCGACAGUGAAAUUCUUCCUUAAAGAAUUAAAAAAAAAAAAGUUUCAGAAACUAAUUGGGAUACAAAUGCAAUCCAAUGCUGGAGAAUAUACCCCAAGGAUAAAUGAGAAUUUGGAGGGCAGCAUGAAAAGCUCCAUAUUCAGAACUCUGACAACGACAAGAAUCUGUAUUGGACCUGCUCGGCAUAUUAAGUGAUUUCUCCAGUCCCAAGCCAGUUUUGCCUUUGUGAGGCAAGAGAAAAGGCUGAAAUAAAGGGAUGGUAUUGCAUAUUAACAAACAGUUCGGUAUGAAUGAAUUCCUAAAUGCCAGAUUAUUGGAUUGCACAUAAAUUUAAUGGUGUGUGUCUGCAUUUUCCUUAAUUAAAACCUAACCCGGAAACCAUCUGUUCCUGGGGAUUAGUUCUUGAGCCCCAAAGGCCUGCCAUCUAAUGCUGAGUUAAUUAUGAACUGCAUUAGUACUUCUUUUCCUUCUGUUUUCUUUCAUGUGUUUUGAGAGACAGUUAGAAAAUGAUCUUAUCUGUCCCAAUGCAUCAAUAACAUGACCACAUUUUCUCUUUGGUUCCUUAUCUAAAGUUUGAAGAUUUAAAAAAAAAAUCACUGUGAUGAUAUAGUGGGAGGAGACAGACAUUUUCUCUGUAUAAUAUAAAAUUGGAAAAGAAAUUAAACAGGUGACUAGAUGGGAUGCGGGUUAAUUUUUAGCCAUUUCUCUCUCUCAUGAAAGUAUUUGGAGCAGACGAAACAGUUUUGGAUCAUUGCAAUUUAUUUAUUUAUUCGUAUUAUAACAGAUUAUAACACUGACAGAGCUCUAGGCAGUAAACACAAUCCUUCCACCUUUCUCAUGAAUCACAUGACUUGGUCUGAGAGAGCAUGUCUUGUCCAAUGUCAUCCAGACGGUUGCUGUGCCUGAAGAUGUACUAACACCUGGUCUUCCUGCUAGAUCACUGUGGCUGUCAUUGCCAAUGUAUAAACUGCAACGUGAACCACCUGUGCUAGCUAACUUUCGCAUCCCCUGCAGAUAAGGUACAAAUAACAUGGUAAGAUGGAGGCUACAGCUAUCCCCCCCCCCCCAAACACAGAGAUUCAGUGUCUGAAUUAAGCUUGUUUAGGCAAAAAGUAGGGCUUGACAUUUAAAAAGAUGAGUGCUAUGAGCUAAUUCCAGAUGAAAUUAGGAGCCAUUAAAGUUCACUGAAAUCAAUACAAGGACCUUUAAGUUCAUUUGAGAUACUAUCUCUGAUGUGGGAAUACAAGAACUGUUCAGAAUAUUGUUGAAUAUUGUCUAGCAAUUUCUUAGCCUCUGAAUGGUACUAAUUUCUUAAAUUUCUCUGGGUGAAUUCUGUUGCAGAAUAGAGUAAGACCGUGGUUCUCAACCUGUGGUCCAUGGACUGCUGGAGGGUCAUGAUGUCAUAUGGGGGGGCGUCCACAAAGGCUUGAAGAAAUGUUAUGAUUUAAAUUUUGAGUUAAGCCUUGGGGGUCCGUGGCCAUGGUCCGUGGCUACAAAAGGUAUUUAAAGGAGGUCCAUGGUGAAAAAAUGGUUGAGAACCACUGGAGUAAAAUCAUAUUGUCGACAUUGGAAGAGCUAGGCAAAAUUUGGUUCCAGCAAAAACUAUUAUUAAAAAUUCCUCUUUGCAUUAUUAAAUUACAAUUUCUUACAACAUUUGAUUUUAAGGAAGAAUUGUAUUGAAGCACUUGUGCUAAAAGAUAAUUGGAAAUUUUUCUUAAAAGGCUGCAAAAGAGGUGGAUUUGUUUUUGGAGUACCUAAUCCCCACUAAUAACCUAUUUGUUUCUUGACUUGAGUUGCAUGUCAUCUGCAAGUAGUGAUAAUUGUAGAUUGAUUCAGUAGAGGAAAAAGUCUUUGCUUGGGCUCGCAUGGUACAUUAAGCCAUGAUUUGCUUAAUCACAAUUUGAAUAAGCCAUAAUUGGCUCAGUUAAUAUAAUACAAAGCCAAAAAAUAAAUCUUACUGUGGCUUGGGUUUAUACAAGCCCAACUUCUGUAUUUUUGCCUGCAAUAUACAGUAAUUUUCAGUG